UAAGAGCUGGAUUAUGAGCUGUGAAGGGAACUACUAAUCCCAUGCCUUUACCUUCAGGAAUCCAAAAGCCUGAAAAAGGGGAGGGAGCCCACAGCUGGUUCCUCCCUGGGCUCCUACCAGCACAGAGAUGGAACUCCUCCUGGCCAUUCUUCUCUCUGCUUUGACUGUUUUUGUGGCAAUAGCAUUCUAUUAUGAACAUUCCAAGGCAGAAAUUCCUCAUGAAUUCAGUGAGCGCAGAAAGCUUUAUGUCCUUCAUUACUUGCUGAACCUUUCGUUUGGUCUGGCAAAAUUUUUCGACAAACUAGGUAUCGUCUCAGAGGUUCAUUUCCUCAGGGUUACAAUGGACAAUAUACCACCCCUGAAAGAUAAACAUCUUCUUAUCAAAGACUUAAGAUUUGAAAGGGUUAAAGUAAGAAUUUACCAGUCAAAAACAUCAAACACUAGCCAAAGAAGAGGAGUGCUUUACUUCCAUGGAGGAGUUGGAUGGUUGGGAAGCAUCCGGGCCUACGAAAGAACGUGCCGCUAUUUGGCCAGGAAGAGCAAUUCAGUGGUGGUGUCUGUUGGGUACCGUUUGGCUCCCAAGCACCCCUUCCCAGCCCAGUUUGAGGACUGUGUCACUGCCACCAUCCACUUCCUGAGGACUGCGCGGGACCACGGAGUCGACCCCUCGCGUGUCGUCAUCUGCGGGGACAGCAGUGGGGGGACGCUCACUGCUGCGGUGGCCCAAGCACUGGUGAACAGAAGGGAUGUCCCAAAGCUGAGAGCACAAAUCCUGAUCUAUCCUUUCCUCCAGAGCGUGGACUUCAAUUUGCCUUCUUACCAGCAGAAUGGGAAAGUCCCCAUUUUGUUAAAGGAGCGGACGGUGGUUCUGGGCUUGAAGUACAUGAAUAAAGACGCGUCCCUCGUCCCAGAGCUGUUUAAAGGUCGCCACGUUCCAGAACAUCUGAGGCUGAAGUAUCAGAAAUGGGUGAGUCCUGACUGCAUCCCUCAAGAGUUUAAAACGAGAGGUUACAAGCCAAGUCCAACAUAUCCACCCUCAGAAGAACUCUAUGCACGUACCAAGGCUGUUUUUGACCCUGUUUUUUCACCACUCCUGGCUGAAGACAGUGUUGUCGCUCAGGUCCCUGAGACUUUCCUUGUGACCUGUGAAUUUGAUGUGCUCAGAGAUGAUGGACUGCUGUACAAGAAACGAUUGGAGGAUCAUGGGAUAAAAGUGACCUGGUGCCACCUGCAAGAGGGAUUCCAUGGAACAGUGUUCUUAGCUACUUUUGGUCGGGCAGUAGCAUUCAAAUCUGGAAUUAAAGGCCUGGAAAAGAUAGUAAAUUUUUUAAGAUUGAUGUAA